AUGUCACCUGAGAAGCUAUUCAUUGAAGCUCUCCUUCCAUGUGAUCUGACUUGCCCGGUGUUUGCCCCUCAUAAGCAGACCGCAACGACGGAGAAGCGAAAUGCCUUCACCGAGCUCCUCUCCUCCCGAAACAAGCAGCUGAAACACACGUCCGGCAGCUCUUCCAGAAGCAAUGCGCCACACGGCAGCAAGGCUUCCCUUGGAGGCCGAGAGGGAUUGGGCGCAUAUAUCACAAAGCCUGAAUCGUAUCCAUCCAGCGUCGUAAUAUACUAUAAUGAUGACUUCGUCGCAAUUCACGACAUGUUUCCGAAAUCGUCGCUGCACCUGCUCCUCCUCCCGCGCGAUCAAACCAAGACCCGUCUCCACCCUUUCGAAGCCUUUGAAGAUGCCGAAUACCUCGCGAAGGUGAAACUGGAAACACAGAAGCUUCGCAAGCUAGCAGCCGGUGAGCUCCGGCGGAUAUAUGGAAAGCACUCUGUACAGGAACAAACGAGACAGGCAGCCCUCUCAGCCGAUCCGCCGCCGGACGAGCUGCCGCCUGGGCGCGAUUGGGAUAAGGAGGUCAUAUGUGGCGUUCAUGCAGUUCCGUCAAUGAACCAUCUACAUGUACAUGUCAUUGCGGUGGACCGGUAUAGCGAGCGACUGAAACACCGAAAGCACUACAACAGCUUCUCCACGCCGUUCUUCGUGCCCAUCGACGACUUUCCCUUGGCACCAGAGGAUGAGAGGCGGCAUCCCACACGGGAAGGCUAUCUAAAGCGGGAUUUCAUCUGCUGGCGCUGUGGAGACAAUUUCGGGAACCGCUUUGUUGAGCUGAAGAAGCAUCUAGAGGAGGAGUUUAAAGAAUGGAAGAUGGUGUAA